AUGGCGGUUUCGUGUGCACCGGAUUGCAUGUACGACCCCAAAGACGAUGCCAAACUGCCAGGAGGCAUCAUCGACAAAUCGAAGAGAUUUCUCGACAAAGUUGAGGUGACCCCCAUAAAGGGCUCCUCGAAAUCGGAGUCCGGCAGCGUACGAAGCUUCAAAUCGGCACAACUCUUCAGAACUCCAAGUAUAAGAAAACAAUUAAAAAAGUUUUCCCUAAAUCGUAUCAAACCCAAAACGAGUCCGGUGCCACCGCCUUCUUCGACAGUCGAGGACGAAGAAACUUUAACCAAAGAAAUUUUAUGGGCGAACAGAAUCGAAAUACAAAAUAAAGAUGAAACCAUUGCAGAAAAUGAAAAGUUGAUCGAGGAACAGAAAGAAGAGAUUUUGUUGUUGAAAAAACAGUUGGAUUUAUUAAAACAGGAUAAUGAAACCAUUAAGGAUGAUCUGAAGAGCUCGAAGGAUCUACGAGAGUUGGAACUGGAGGAGUACGAAGUGCUUUACCAUAAAUUCAGGCGUUUAUUGCAAGAUCAACAUGUCGUAGAAGACCAAGAUGGAAAUUUGUAUAGUAAUUUUAGCAAAUUGUAUGAAGAUUUUGAUAGUUACUUAAAAUCUGUUGAAGAGUCCUUGUUAAGUUUGAACCAAAACAUCAAAACGUACAAAGACCAUUGCGAUUACAUCGAGCAAGAAAAGGUUUCUUUGGAAAAACUUGUAGAAGAGUUGCAGUUCGAAUUGUUGGCCCAGAAAAAGAAGCUGGAUGACCUCAAUAACGAGUGCAUGUCGAAAGUCGAGUUUUUGAACGAAAAGCAUGAUAUGAAAAUACGUGAGCUAGAAUCUUGUCGUGAGGUUGAAAAAAAACAGAUAAUCAGUGAGUACUCUGAUAAAUUAAAAGAACUUGAACAAGAUUUAAGGAACGAGUUGGAUCUCGUGCAGCAAACUGCAGUCGAAAAAGUCCAAUUGGCAGAGUUGACUGCUGAAGAAAAGUUUAAAGUUUUGAAAGACGAGUACAAUAAGGAGAAGUCGAUGUGGCAAAGUGAGUUUGAAAAGUGCCAAAAAAUUGCUGAAACCGAAAUUAUGCAGUCGGAGUUUGAGAAACUCGAUUUGCAAUCGAUGCUGAACGGGAUUAAAUUGGAGUUGGAUAAUGAGAGGUUGAAGCAACAAGUUUUGGAGAAGAAUGUCGCUGAUAAGUGUUGCGAAAUCGCGUUGAUAUUCACGCGUUUUAAUAAUUUAAAAGAUGAGUUUAAUCAGUACAAACAAAAGUGCGUGCAAGAUUUAAAACAGUCUAAAGACAAGCACUUGGAAACUUGUAACGAGUUGUUUAAGUACGAGUUGACCGUCAACACCAUGAAAGCCACGAUCGAUAUUUUGAGUUCACGUUUACAAAAAUCAGAUGCUGAUGUCGAGGAGUUAAAAGAACAAGUACAAAAAUUAACAAAAACAAACAUCGAACUAGAAAAAUUAAAUAUACACUACCGCGCCGACUUGGCUUUACUCCAAAGCAAGUUGAUCGAGUACCAAGUCACCUUAACCAACAUCACGACAUCAUCCAGAACUUUGUUAGAAAACAGCGACGUUUUAGCACAACGCCAAGAAUUCAUCAAAAUCAUCGAACACUUACAAAACGACACCGAAGGCAAAAUCAACACCAUGAACCAAGACCUGGUCGCCAAAAUCGACACGUUGAAAUCCAAAUGCAAGGAAAACGACUUGUACAAAAAACAAUUGCAGGACACCCAAAAACAACUCGACGACUUAUACUACACCCUAAAAGUCAUCGAUCAAGUUUUGUGCAAUAUAGAAGCCAGGACCAACGAAAAGGAAAAUUUACUACAAGAAAAGGACGAGCAAAUCCUAUUACUCAUGAAUGAAAUCAAGGAGCUCAAGUUGUACGUCGAGGAGAACGAGUAUUUGAAACACGAUAUCGAGAGUUACGAUGUGCUGAUGAAGGGGAAGGAUGCUAUUAUCGAUAAUUUGGAAUGUGAACUGACAAAUGUCAAGUACGAUUUCCAGGAUUAUCGAGAGAACAUGAACGAGAAGCUGCAGGAGCUGGAGGAGAUCGAGUGCUCGUCUGCGAAGAGGGAAACCGAGUUGCAGAACAAAAUUGAGGAGCAACGGAUGAGGAUCAUCGAUUUGGAAGCUCAGAUCGAAGAUGCAAUGUGCCUAAUUGGUCCCUUCCGAGAACAACUGCAAAGUUAUGAAAACGAAAGAUUGGCAUUCGAAGCCAGAAACGAGAAAGUCACCGGAGAUGCAAGAGAGAUCGCAUUGAAAUAUGCAGAACUUUUGGGACACCAAAACCACAAACAAAAAUUAAAAUACUUUGUUAAAGUCAAGAAACAAAACUUAGAUUUAACAGAGGAAAACUUUCAACUCCAAAUGCAAAUCCAGCGUCUCAAAGCAGAAGUGGAAAAGUUACGAUGCAAAAAACCAGACAUUCUUGGAAAUUCUUCAAGAGAUUCCUCGCCCAUUAACAUCAAUAAAUGCAAAACUCCCUUAACAAGCAAAAAGGAAAAGAAAAUCACAAUACCUAAGACACCUUCGGAGGACAUCGAAAACAUCGGAAGCCCUAAAUUCAAUAAGGAGCUGUUUAAACAUAAUCGAGUCGUUUUGGGUGAAAGUCCUGUCAGGAACGAUAGUAAUAAAAAAGUAGUAAGCAAUUUAGAAUAAGGUAAAAAAACUUGAUUAUUAUAUUACCUCGAUAUAGGUUUAGCUUGAAUGUGAAAUUAUUUAUAGCAAUUUUAAUGUUUAACUAACUAGUAUUAAAUUUUUACCAGAAUUUUUAUGAAAGUGCAGCUUUUAAGAUAAAAACUGUUUUGGGUUUUACUAUUUAUAACAUAAAUGGUUUUAAUGACGUGAUUAAGAUUUGUUAAAUGUUUUUCAAUUGUUUGAAAUACUUUGAAAAUAGAAAUUGUUCUCGGUACUAUAUUUUUAUAGAGCUCGUCGAAACCUUUUAAAUGAUACCCCACACGGCAUAUUUGACGCGAAACGUUUUGACACCUUAUUACACCCAUCAAACUGCGAAUUUAUUUAUUAAAUAUCUUGUAACUCUUAAGCGAUUCGUCUGAUUCAAAUGCAAUAUUCGAUAAAUUUGUUCAAAAUUAAAUUAUCUACAAUAUUGUCUAACAUUAUAUAACCCUACAGCAAUUCGGUGUACUUUGAAAAUAGAAAUCGUUCUUAUAAAAUUGUUUUCAGUACUAUAUUGUUAUAGAGCUCGUCGAGACCUUUUAAAUGAUACCCCACACGACAUAAUUGACGCGAAACGUUUUGACACCUUAUUACACCCAUCAAACUGCGAAUUUAUUUAUUAAAUAUCUUGUAACUCUUAAGCGAUUCGUCUGAUUUAAAUGCAAUAUUCGACAAAUUUGUAUAAAAUUAAACAGUCUAUACAUUGUCUAACAUUAAAAUACCCUACAUCAAAUAUGUAUA